AUGCAGCCAGCCGCUUCCCUCAAGGCCGCCAUCGCCACGGCUCUUGUCUUCUCAAGCAGCUUCGCCUCGGCAGCUGUCGUUUCACCGGAGUCGAAUUCGGCGCCGAGCAUAGCCACUCGCCAGUUCGACGUCAGCCAAAUCCAAGCCCUCGCAGCCAGCAUCUCCCAAGCCCAGUGGGAAAUCCUCUCCGUCGCGGACCGAGUCAAGUACGAUUCCCAAAGUGUGCUUUCCACAUGGAAUAGCGGACUGUCGGUGGUAUUGUCCGAGUUCCUGGGCCAGCUUGACGGCAACGUCGCGGUCCUUGUCGCGUCCAUGAGUGGUAUUGCCGGCGCCCUCCAGGUCGCGGCGGGUGCUGCGGACGUGUUCCAGAAUGAGGAAGGUGCAGGCGCUGACGCCUGGGCUUGA